AUGAUUGAUACCUACCUUCAAUAUUACUCUUCAAUAUUCGAUAGUAGUAGUAGUAAUAGUAAUAGAGAUAAAAAGAUGGCUUUUCAACCAUUAAAAAAGAUAAAGAGUAAUCAUCAUGAUGAUGACAACACCAUCAUUACAACAACAACAACAUCAACAUCAAUGACAGUAGAUAGUAAUAAUUCAAUUGAUAAUCCCCUUCUUCUUCUUCCUUUUCCUCUUCCUACUCGUCCAUCUCUUUCAAUUGUAUUAAAAGGAAAAUACAUUAGAGAAAAGAUAUUUGGAUAUGUAAAAGAGAUAAAUGAGAUGAACAAGAUUGAUGAUGAAUGUCAAUCAACCAAAGGCAAAGAUAUCAUCAAGUUGGAUCAUUUAAAGAUGAUAUCUACUUUUGCAAUGCCAUGGAACUUUAUCAAACAUUACUUGCCCAAAAAGGACAGUGUAAUGGAAAGUAUAUCAAAAGUCAUUAAUAGAUAUUGUUGUCAUCGAAAUGCAACAAUGGAAACAUUCUUGCAUCUAUUGGAUUGGUCACCAGAAGAUUUUACACCUCAAAAUGAAGUAGUUUCCGAGGUUGCCACUCAAGGACACACUGAAAUAUUUGAAUACCUAAUCAACAAUUAUUAUCCAAGACAAAUCACUAUCAGAUCAAUGUCACAAUCUGCUCGAAAUGCAUCCGAAAAUGGUCACCUUUUAAUUGUACAACUAUUAUCUGCGAUGGAAGGUGUACGGUUCUCAAAAGAUGCAAUGGAUUGGGCAGCAGCAUAUGGACAUUUAAAUACUGUCAGAUAUUUACAUGAAAAUCGUACUGAAGGAUGCACAUAUGAUGCUAUGGAUUGGGCUGCAUGGGGUGGACAUUUGGAUAUAGUCAAAUAUUUACAUGAAAAUCGUAGUGAGGGUGCAACAACCUAUGCUAUGAAUUGGGCAGCUAAGAAUGGUCAUUUAGAUAUUUUAGAUUGGUUACAUGAGAAUCGUAGUGAAGGUGCAACAACCAGAGCCAUGGAUUUGGCAGCUCUGAAAGGUCAUUUAAAUGUUUUAGAUUGGUUACAUUUUAAUCGUAGUGAAGGCUCAACAACCAAUGCUAUGGAUUGGGCAGCAGAGAGAAUGGUCAUUUAA